AUGAGCACGGAGUCACCGGACGAAAAUCAAAUUAGAUUUCGACUGGAGAAGCUAGAGACGAAAUGGGAUGAAUUCGAGGAAAUUCAGUGCGAAAUCGAGAGUGCUGAAGAUCACGAGGAGAACAUCGCAGGCCACCGACUUGUUCGAGAGGAGUUCGAGGAGAAAUACUUCGAGUAUCCAGUUGAUAAAAGACUGCAGAUCACCAACUCUAAGAGAUUGUGCAGUAACUGUAUGGGACGUAAUCAUUUGGCACGAGAUUGUCCGUCGAAAUAUCGGUGUAGAACCUGUUCUAAGAAGCAUCAUUCUUUACUUCAUCCCGGAUUUCCUGGUUCUGGUUCAUCUUCUGCGGCAGGUACAACUGAGACUGGUGGGUCUCCAUCGACUUCUGGGGCUGCGUCGAACUCUGGUGGUUUGGUUUCUAGUUCGGUCGCAUCUAUAUCAUCUAAUAUGGCGAUGGGGGUCACAGGAUCGCAUAUUUUCCUGCUGACGGCGAUACUGAAAGUGAAGGAUAGAUGGGGACGGACACAUCUCGCUAGGGCGUUGCUGGAUUCAGGUUCACAGGCAAAUCUCAUGUCAGAAAGACUAUGUCAACUUCUCAAACUUCAACGUAGCGACAAGAAAGUGGAAAUUAGCGGAAUCGGACAAACAAGAAGGCAUAUUUCUUGGGAAGUAUCUACGGUUGUUAGCUCGCGUACGCUAGAUUUUUCGUUGCCAAUGGAAUUCUUGGUUUUGGGGCAGGUAACAGACAAUCAGCCAUCUACGUCUAUACCAUUAGCGCAUUGGAAUCCACCGUCCGAUAUGGAUUUAGCUGAUCCUGAAUUCUACAUUUCGCGUCCAAUUGACUUGGUACUUGGUUCACAGUUUUAUUACGAUUUUCAUCUUAUGGAUGGUGGUCGGUUACAAAUUCGUAGGAUCGACAAUACUCUUCCAGUUUUCGUCAACACGGUUUUCGGAUGGGUUGCAGCAGGUGAAUCCGAUUGGAACGGUGGAAUAUCAACAGUGAGCUGCAACUUAGCUGUAACAAAAUCGCUGAAUAAAUCCAUCGAAAGGUUUUGGACAAUCGAAGAGCUAUCGGAAACGCUGCCUCGGACCCAAGAAGAGGAAGAUUGUGAACUACAUUUCCGGAAUACGGUCAGUCGUGAUACAAACGGGCGAUAUGUAGUGCGCUAUCCAAAGCAUAUGAAUUUCCACGAAAUGAUUGGAGAAUCGAAGGAUGCAGCAAUACGAAGAUUUCAACAUUUGGAAAGGCGGUUGACGAAGGACUCCGAACUGAAGAAGCAGUACUGUGAAUUCAUGCAAGAGUAUCUAGAUCUGGAACAUAUGAAGCUCAUCGGCUCAGUGGACGGUUUACGGGAAGAGCAAAAACCAGUUUGUUACCUUCCUCAUCAUCCAGUUUUCAAGGAAUCAAGCUCAACAACAAAGGUGCGAGUCGUGUUCGAUGGUUCAGCAAAAACUUCUACGAAUUUUUCUCUCAAUGAUGCGCUUCUUACUGGACCGGUAAUACAGGAUGAUUUGCUAGAUCUAAUGAUACGCUUCCGCAAACACGCUGUCGCUUUGGUUGCCGACAUAGAAAAGAUGUAUCGGCAAAUACGCGUACAUUCAGAAGAUACACCAUUGCAGAGAAUUGUCUGGCGUUUCAACCCAUCAGAGCCGAUUCAGGUUUAUGAGCUUCUCACUGUCACCUACGGUCUUUCUCCAUCGUCGUUCCUGGCAACACGAGUGCUUAAGCAGUUGGCUUUGAACAGUGCGAGAAACCAAAAAUCAGUAUCUGUUGCAGUAGCGGAAGAUUUUUAUAUGGACGAUUUUCUAUCGGGAGCGGAAUCUAUUGAAGAUGCUAAGCGAUUGCGAUUCGGUGUACAAACACUAAUGGCGGAAGCAGGACUACAGCUUCGAAAAUGGAACUCAAAUAUCUCAGAAGCUUUGGAAAUUGCCCCGGAAGGACCCACCAUUCUACAUUUUGAAAAGGAACCGAAGGUGAAAACACUAGGAGUUGCCUGGGAGACUGGACCAGAUCAGUUUUGCUUCGACGUUCGCGAUAUCAAACAUGGCGAGCAAUGGACAAAGCGAAAGAUAUUUUCGGCGAUAGCUCAGUUAUACGAUCCUCUUGGACUUGUGUCACCUGUUAUAGCUUGGGCUAAGAUACACAUGCAGCAGCUUUGGUUAUCUUCCGUUGGUUGGGAUGAUCCAGUUACCGUUACUGUAAACGCUAGAUGGGAAGAGUUCUACGUUCAGUUACCUGAGUUGAGAUCGUUUAAGAUACCAAGAUGUUUGUUCCUAGCCAAACCAACGGAUACUCAGUUUCACGUUUUCUGCGAUGCCUCGGAACUGGCAUACGGAGCUUGUAUUUAUGCGCGUUCGACCAACAAGGAUGGCGAAAUCAAGGUUACGCUCAUAUCAUCAAAAUCUCGUGUAGCUCCACUCAAACGGCUUUCUCUACCUCGCUUGGAGUUGUGUGCUGCUCUUUUGGGGGCCAAACUAUACGCCCGGGUCUCAGCAGCAUUACGGAUGGAAGGAACUUCUUGCUGGUUUUGGUUACCGUCAUUCAUAUUCUUCUCCGUUGCUUCCACUGCCUUCGGUAUCAAUCCAAUCAAAGCCUGCAGCCCUGUCAGCUACAACCGUGGAUCCCUGGAGGGCAGCGAUGAGGCACGCACCAAUACGUGUUCCUUUCACCCAAUACGAAUCUAG